AUUUAUCUGUAGCGGGCUUUCCUACUCUGUGUAAAAACAAAAGCUUUUCUUUACAUCUUCUACACAUUAGCUUCAGAGCAUAUCGCAUCUGAUGACCAAUCGUCACUUCACUUGGACCCGUCCUCUCUCACCGGAGAUAUGAAUUCCUUCCGAGAAUAGAGUGUCCGGAAUCUAUUUCUCUCUUCACCACACCUCCGUCUCGUGAAGGUUUUUUCCCACUUUUUUCAGUUUAUUUUGCAGCUCAUUCAAGUACUCUGCAUAGCCAUGUCUGAGAUGGAUCAAGUUGUGGGAAUCGAUGCACCAACUUCUUUGAUGGAACAGCUUGGCAAGGCAUUCCUUGAACUGGAAGCUCACAAGGGUGCUGCUAAUGAUAGUGUUCAGUGGAUGGAAAUUGAAGAACACUUGAGCCACGUGGAGACAGUUAUGAAGAAGAAAGUUGAAGAACUAGAAGUUAGGGAGAAGGAGUUUAAAGAUAAAGAAUCUGAAACUCACGCAUUGCUUUCGGAGAGAGAGGCGGCUGUUGCUGCCAAAGAGCAAGAUUUUUUGGAUAGGAUACAGGAGCUAAAAGAUGCCACUGUUGCUGUCAUUGCAGAGGCAUGGGCAAAUCACAAGCCGGCAUCUUUGGAGCCUAUUGAGAGUGGAGGCGGCACAGAAAGCAAGGUAAGCAGUUCUCUUGGUCGUACAAAUGCACUUCUUACUGCAUCAGAGGAGAAUUCCCCUCAUAAAACAGGUGAAAAGGCUGUUGGUGUUGAAGAAGUUAGGCCUCGUCCAGAGCUGACGCAAUUUUGCGAGCAGAUGGAUGCAAAAGGGCUUCUGAAUUUUAUAAUGGAGAAUCAAAAAAUUAUACCUGCCAUUUGUGAUGAACUUUCUGUUGCACUGGAAAGUGCAGCUGAACCAAGCCGUUUGGUGCUGGCUUCACUGGAGGGGUUCUACCCUCCUGAUGACAGUACCCAAGAAGGGGAUAAAAUGGAUGCUACCCUUCAGGGCAUGCGUCGGUUUUGUCUUAUGUUUAUGGAAGCCAUGGCCACCUUAUUGGCAAAGGCUGACCCAGGUGCUGAUCACCUUCUGAACCCUGAAACUAAGCAGCAAGCUAGGCUCAUUGCUGAUGAGUGGAAGGCUAAGUUGGUUAGUGCAGACGUUGAUGCUGCUGCCAAUGGAAAUUCAUUGGAAGCUGAGGCAUUUUUGCAGCUCCUUGCAACUUUUAGGAUUGCUUCAGAGUUUGAUGAAGAAGAACUCUGCAAGCUUGUUCUUGCAGUCUCUCACCAGAGGCGGAUGCCUGAGCUCUGCCGUUCUCUUGGAUUAACCCACAAAAUGCCAGAUGUUGUUGAAACAUUGAUUAACAUCCGGAAACAAAUUGAUGCGGUACAUUUUGUCCAUGCUUUCCAGCUCACUGAAAGCUUCCCAAUCGUGCCCCUUCUAAAGACGUAUUUGACAGAGCAGAAAAAAAACUCGCAAGAAAAAAGCAGUAACUUGGGAGGUGCUGGUGCUGCUGGUGAACAGAAUAAUGAAAAUGCUCAAGAACUGGCAGCACUGAAAGCUGUAAUAGAGUGUGUUCGAGAGUAUGGACUUAAGGUGGACUACCCACUAGAUCCACUUCAGAGAAGGGUUGGGCAGCUAGAGAAGUCGAAGCCUGAUAAGAGGAAGUUUGGUGAAUUUGGUAAAAAGCAAAAAUUCAACAAGUCUCGAGCGAAUGGAGGACGUUAUGGAUUCCAUGCACCCGGUGCUGCUCCUCCUGCUGCUGUUAGACAAGCUGCACCUGUUUUUAAUGAGAGGGCAACAUUUGCAGGAAUGUCGGAGAGUAUUCUGCAUGCUGGUCCAUACGCCUACAAUUACCAAGCUCCUAGCCAGCCUACAUAUGCACAGCCAGCAUAUGAUCAAAGGUCAUAUUAUCCCCAGGAUGGCAGGGUUACUGCAACAACAACAUAUAAUUCUGCUGCACCUAACUAUGGCAGUUAUACGGGUAGUGGAAUGCAGUCUUCACAUCAACCGUAUAUGUAAUUAAAUAGUUCAAGUUCUGUAUGAAAUUUUGCUUAGAAGAGAUGCUAGACCAACAUACCGGAUAACUUAUUUUUAAUUUAAGCAUGAUUAACUUUCUCCAUUCUGCAUUUUAAAAGCUUCUAUCUUGCAGAUGGUUUGGAAACCGAAAGUAUUCUGCUGCAGUAUGGAACCAAAUAUUAUAUUUAGGUUUCGGUUGCAUUUCUUGUGAA